CUUUAGUUACUUUCUCUUUCUCUUUGAAACUUGAAAAGAGAGAUUCAAUUUUCUCUCUCAUUUUCUCCGUUUUUCUGAGCUUCCAAACAGAAAGUGGAGGAGAGAUAGAGAGAGGAGACUAUCAAAUGUGAUGGGAAGUGGACUCUCCACAAUCUUCCCCUGCUUCAAACCGCCAAACAACAAUCAACAGGACUUGAUUUUCACUGCUUCUGAGCCGUUAGAUGAAACCCUAGGCCACUCGUUCUGUUACGUCCGAUCUUCUAACCGCUUUCUCUCUCCUACUCCCUCCGAUCGCUUUGUCUCUCCUUCCCACUCUCUCCGUUUCUCACCGGCCCGGCCCGUACCCGAAACCGGUUUCAAGUCCAUUUCCGGUGCUUCCGUUUCUGCUAACACCUCCACUCCUAGAACCGUCCUCCAACUUGACAGUAUUUACGACGAUGCCAUUGAUGUUAUUAAUUCUUCGAACAAUACUGGUGGCUUUAUUACUUAUUCUGCUGGAGGUGCAAGGGCUAAUAAUACUGGCAGUAUUGUGAAUAAUGUGAAUGGAUUUGAGAGCACGGCGUCGUUUAGCGCGUUGCCGUUACAGCCAGUGCCACGUGGAGGGGGAGGGUUUUUUUUGUCGGGUCCGAUUGAGAGAGGCGCAUUGUCGGGUCCUCUUGACCCGAAUACGAGUGGAACAACCGAUGGAAGUGGCGGGCGGGUGCAUUUCUCGGCUCCACUUGGUGGCAUUUAUGUAAAAAACAAGAAGAGGAGGGGGAAGGGCAUGUCGGGGUUUAAGAAGGCUAUGUAUCGGAAUAUUUCGGAGAAGAGCCGGCCGUGGGUUGUUCCGGUGUUGAAUUUCGUGAACCGGAGGGAGAAUUCGGGGACUGUAGAGGAGAUGGAGGGGAGAGAAGAAGGGGAUAACGUGCAGUGGGCGUUAGGGAAGGCAGGAGAGGAUAGGGUGCACGUGGUUGUAUCGGAGGAACAUGGAUGGUUGUUUGUUGGGAUUUAUGAUGGGUUUAACGGACCUGAUGCGCCGGAGUUCUUGAUGGGGAAUCUAUAUAGAGCUGUUUUUAAUGAACUUCAAGGUUUGUUUUGGGAGGUUGUUGAAGAGGAGCCUCAAGAGACUAUUCAUGUGGAAGGAAUUGAAAAUAAAACAGACCCAUUAGUCGAAAAGAGUGGUGCAAGUGACGUGAAGGAUCUAAUUGUCAAAAGUGAAUGCAACUUGGUGUCAAAAGCAGAUCCAUUAGAGGAAAUUUAUGUUAAAAAGGACGGCGACGGCUUAUCUUGUGGAAUGGAAUCUAAUGCGGUAAAUCAGGAUAGAGUGAAGAGGGUUACGUUUCAACCGGAGGAGACGGAGGGGACAGCUAGUACCCGGAGGAGGAGGUUAUGGGAGUUCCUAGCGGAGGAUGAUCUGGAAGAUGGGCUUGAUCUUUCCGGGUCUGAUAGAUUUGCCUUUUCUGUUGAUGAUGCGAUUAGUGUAGGUAAUGCAGGGUCAGCUGUUAGCAGAAGGUGGUUGCUGUUGUCAAAAUUGAAACAAGGUUUGUCGAAACAUAAGGAGAGGAAGUUGUUUCCGUGGAAGUUCGGAUUGGAGGGAAAGGGGAAGGUGGAGGUGGAGAGUAGUAAAGUAGAGGAAAGGGUUUUGAAGAGGAAAUGGAAGGCGGGACCUGUUGACCAUGAUUUGGUUUUGGGGGCAUUGUCAAGGGCGUUAGAGGUGACUGAAUUAGCGUACUUGGACAUGACAGAUAAGGUGUUGGAUACCAAUCCGGAGUUGGCAUUGAUGGGCUCGUGUUUGCUGGCUGUGUUGAUGAGGGAUGAAGAUGUGUAUGUGAUGAAUGUGGGUGAUAGCAGGGCAAUUGUUGCCCAGUAUGAGCCACAAGAAGUUGGUUCUAGUGUGUGUGAAAAUGAACUGAGCACGGAGGCAAUAAUUGAAACGAGAUUGACUGCAUUGCAGCUAUCUACUGAUCACAGCACAAGCAUUGAAGAAGAAGUCAUUAGAAUCAAGAAUGAGCACCCAGACGAUAACCAAUGUAUUGUGAAUGACAGGGUGAAAGGUCGUUUGAAGGUUACCAGAGCCUUUGGGGCUGGAUUUUUGAAAAGGCCCAAGUUGAAUGAUGCCUUGCUGGAAAUGUUCCGAAAUGAGUAUAUUGGCACCACACCAUACAUAUCCUGUUCACCUUCUCUUCGUCACCAUCAAUUGUGUCCAAGAGAUCAGUUUUUAGUCCUCUCAUCUGAUGGAUUAUAUCAGUAUCUGACAAAUCAGGAAGUGGUUUUUCAUGUUGAGAGUUUCAUGGAGAAGUUUCCUGAUGGAGACCCUGCACAGCACCUGAUAGAGGAGCUUCUUUCUCGUGCAGCCAAGAAAGCUGGAAUGGAUUUCCAUGAAUUACUGGAUAUCCCGCAAGGGGAUCGACGAAAGUACCAUGAUGAUGUUACCGUUAUGGUAAUAUCACUUGAAGGAAGAAUUUGGAAAUCAUCGGGGAAGUACCUUUAAAAGUCUUUGUGCAUUGGACAGUGUUUCAAUUGCCGAUGACCUUUCUACACAAUAUGGGAUGCAAUUCCAAUUCUCAAGUUGAUUUUUUGGUAAGCAGUGACCCAUUUUUCAUGGGUCAUGGAAAUUUGCUUGGGGUGGUAUCCAGUUAACAGGGGUGAAGUCCAAAUGGGCAAAUAUUAAUGCAAGGUAGCUGUCUAUAGCUCGUAGAUGUCCCGAGGAAAUGAUGGGGGUUAGCAAAUGCUCUAGGAAUUGAAAAAAGAAAAGGAAGUUCCUAUUCCAUCUUUGUUUAGACAGAUGCUUGCUCAGGUGGAGGCUUUCUCCAUUCCUAGUUGCCUUCAUUUCUCGUUCUUUUCAUUUCAUUUUUCUUCUUCUUUUAGAGCAAAAAGGAAGAGGGGGGAGAUGCUUGUAAUCUGGGUUGGGGGUGGGUAUACUGAACUAGGAGAAUGCCUAGUUAAAGGUGAGUUGUAAUUUUGAAGGUGGAUUUCUCCACCGCGGUUUAAUAGGAAAAAGGAGGUUUCUACACAUUGCUUGUGUGGAAUUUUUAUCUUCUGCCUGUACAAACAAAUUGUUGCAGAAGGCCACACUUCUCAGCAGCAACUGCCCAAAGGGAACCGAAAGCUGUAAUUACAGUAUGAAAUAAGGAUGGAUGUAGGGGAUGAAGAAGUGAGGAGGUAGUUCUCUUCCCGCGGUGUGGUUUGGUUUGGCAUGAGGUUGAUUCAUCACAUUACUUCUGAUUUGAGCCAUUAAAUUCAAUGUAAAGUAGUUAGCAUUCAAACAGAUGUUUGUUUAAGAUUAAAAAGAUGGUUAACCAUCUUAUGUUGGCCUUUGUUAUAAUUAAAUUGAAGGGCAUCAUCGCAAUUAUCA